CCGGAGUGAACCCGCGCCGUUCAUGAAGCGAGCGGACUUGUGUAAACAUUUGACGUAUACAAGGAGUACGUUGUAAGAAAUGUGUUUACAUCGAAAGGUUAAACUUUAAAUCUUUCACAUGGGAAGCUAAAGAACAAAAUGACGUGUAUGUGUUACAGUAUGUUACUGGUUUCAAUUUUGGAGUUACUGUUGUUUGGAUGCACAGCAGCUGGUUGGUCCCGUGCUGUACACCGCGCGAGCGAUGAGGACGGGUCUCCAGGCGCGAGACUCCCGCAUGCUGUUUUGGAGGAGCCGUUGGAGUCGACCACCAUCCCAAACCACUUACAGGAGGACGACAGGAACUACAGGUUGUCACCUUUCACUCCCAUAAUGACUAUCACAACCAAGGACUCCAGGACAACUGGUAAAGCUAGCCAACUACAGCCCCAAUGGAUGACCACCACGGGUGCGCCUGUGACCAAAACGAUGGACCCAACCUUCAAACGCAGUCAAGUCAAAGAAAACUCUACAUUCUCCACAGGACUAAACAUUACAAUUAAGCAUACUUCCUCAUAUCCAGUAAAUCACACACAAAACACAACACCACCUGCACUGGAUACCGCAAUCAGUUCAUGGACAGUAAGCAACACUUCUAAGCCUCACUUCCAGACCACUGAGAAAGGUCCUCAAUGUAAUUGCAGUGCCGAGGGUUCAGUGGGCCCGGAUACCUGUGACCCGUUCACGGGUCAGUGUGUGUGCAAGACUGGAUACGCGGGUCACCAGUGUGACGAAUGUGAGGAUAGGUAUUUCACCAAUGGGACCAGUGGCUGCCAGGCCUGUGGCUGUGAUGCCUAUGGAGCCGUGAGCCUACUCUGCAAUAGUUCAGGCAUGUGUAUGUGCAAGAUGGGAGUACACGGGGACAAGUGUGAUGACUGCCACCCUGGCUUUUCGUACUUCAGCAGCAUGGGAUGUCAACCAUGCCAGUGCAAUAAUCACAGCAGCUACUGCCACCCAUCAGGCAUCUGCGUGAACUGCCAAGACAACACCGACGGACCAAGCUGCGAGAUCUGCAGGUAUAAUUUCUACCGAAGGCCUGGGUCUCCUGUGACAAACACCUGCAUCCCCUGCCCCUGCUCCAGCGUCACCUCCACAGGCAGCUGUAGGCUUGACUCGAGUGGCCAGCCUGUCUGUAAUCAGUGCAAGCCAGAGUACCAGGGUCCUAAUUGUGAGCAGUGUAGUGAUGGCUUCUACAAUGCCGACAGCAUCUGCCUUCCCUGUAACUGCAGUGGGAACGCAGACCCCCACACCUUCCCUCAGAUCUGUCAGCCGGACACGGGCCACUGCCUGAGCUGCAUCAACAACACUACAGGCCUGCACUGUGAGCACUGUGCAGAGGGCUUUACAGGGGACGCGCUCGCCAGGAACUGCACUCCUAAAGUCGUCCACACUACUCCUUCAAGCACUACCCACUGGUUUCACUACACCACCAUGACCUCCAGCCCCAAUUCUACAGUCCAAUUUACCACCACCUCCUCCACUACCUUGCUGACCAGCAUGGCCAGCUCCACCCUCAACACCACCACUGCCACAGUGACUCCGCUCCCAUGGAAUCAGUUUAACAUCAUUGUCCUUGCCGUCAUCAUCAUAGUGGUGGUAGCUCUAAUGGCAGUGGUGGGCGGCGUGUACACUUACAGAGAGUACCAAAACCGCAAGCUGAAUGCCCCCUUCUGGACCAUUGAGCUGAAGGAGGACAAUAUAAGCUUCAGCAGCUAUCACGAUAGCAUUCCAAAUGCUGACAUAUCAGGGCUUUUAGAGGAUGAAGUGAGUGAUAUGGGCAAUGGACAACUUGCUUUAACCGGUCCUGGUAGUUUGUAUAUGGUGUAAUUGAUGUCGAGUUUUCCAUUGCUAUGCCAGCGCUGGCCCAACAGAGGGCAGAUAGUGGACAUGUGGACCCCCCAUUUUUUGUCAUUCUAUGGCAUUGAAAAAAGGACACAGCCUGGUGCCAGCUUGUGCACACAUAAUGCAAACACUCACUCACAAGCACUCCAAUAAAAGAAAAGAGGAGAAAGAAAAUGAUGGAAAGACAAGAAAGAGAGGAACAUCUGCCUUGCAGCCUAACUGAAAGGCCAAGUUAACGCAUUCUUCCAAUUGAAGACAUUUGGAAAGUCAGAGCUAAAACAUGCUGAAGAAGGAGCAAAGAAGCAGAAACUAAUAUACUAAUGCGUGACAGAAUAUUAGAGACUGAAGCAUGUCUGUUUGAGUAGCGAUUUCAAAAUGUAAAGACAUAGAGGCAUGCAUGGAUAGAUCAAUCUAUUUCUUAUUAACAUUAUUUGCACAUUUUAAUGCAAAGAAAUGCUGAUAUGCCGAUGCAUACUUGCCAGUAGCAUCAUGUCCAUUCACUUGAUCAUUUGUAAAUGCAAAGGAUGUUUUAAACACAUGGAGAGGACAUUUAUUUAAAAAAAAAAAAAAAAAAACUCAGGAUGGAUUUUGUUUUUAUUGUGCAAACCACACCAUAAUACAAGCUGAACUUGCGUGCAUCCCCACUUUUAAUGUUGCUACAAAACAAGGACAUCAUACACAUGCUUGACUUUAGGGGGCAGCGUUACAUAGGGCCUGAAAUACUGUGUAAAGUAAUUUCCAAUGGAAGUACAUUAUACUGAGUGGCAAAUGCUGAAUGAUUUAUGCCUUUAUUAUAAGGUAUUAUGGCAGACGCUUUCUAACCAAAGCGAAUUACAACAUCAGAUGAUUUCUUUUUAGGCCAAAGAGGAUCUGUGUUGCAGGAGAAAGUCUGACUAGUUCUUGUCAGUUUUACUACAGCAAAGUGGUUUUAGAGGACUGUUCCAUGUAUUUUGGAAUAUAAUUUGUUUUUAUUUAUUUUCAGGAAUUUCUCCUAUAUUCACUUUUCCUAUUGAAGGAUGCAAUGCCAUGUUGUGAGGACUUUUGAAAACACAAUAUGUCUGAUUGGGAGUGUAAAAAUAUAUAUUUUUUAAUUAUUAUUAUUUAUUUUGGAUGGACCUCUCUCUCUUUCAAGGUGAUGAUUUUAAAACAUAGGCUCAGUUUCGCAACAGGUGUACAGAGCAGGGGAACAAAUAAUAUCAGAUGAGCAACAUCCGUUCUUGCCCGUUCAUUCGAUCAGCAGUGACAGAGUAAUCAAUCACUGCAUUUAUGUAGCACAGGUUAAAACAAGUUGAGAGAGAGGUUCAAUGGAUGAAUGAGUGCACAUAUUUGAGUGUGUGGGUGCUGAGAGUAGUAAUCUAAUAUAUGACUAAGUGCAUGUUCAAAACAUGCUGUGUCAGUCAGUAAGACUGGUAAAAUGAAAUCCAGAAGGGUGUGUAAGAAUGUGAAAAAUAUAUAAUUGGUAUCAACAAGUAAAAGUUGGAAGGCGUUGGCCCAAACUUGCAAAAAUAGUUUAUCUCUGUCUUUAGCUGUAUCUCAGAUUACUCUUACAAUAUCUGCUUUUCAGGUUUCUUCCCAUCUCCACAGUCCUUAAGUCAUCAUUCUGGGGUGUGUUUAAACAAAACUAUGUAAGUAUGAGAUGUACAGAAUGGUUGUCAUGAGGAGGCUGCUAUAGUAUCGGUACAUGUGGCGAUGAGGAACAAGAUAAAUUGUCUUGUUUCUGUGUCCAGCAUACAGAAAAUACAUUUGAACAACUGUUUUAAUGGUGUUUUAAUUUAACAGAGACCAUUGUAUAGAUUGUGCAUUAUACAUAGUGCACUGCACUCACAACACAACUAACUCUGAAAUAUUUCAAUAAAAGCAGGUUUUGCUACUUUGUGUCUAACACUUUUUUGGAAUAUGCUGAGUAUGUCUUUACAUACUUGACUAGCUAAAAAUAUGUUUUCAUUGUACUGAAUGGACAACCCCGCGUAAACCAGUG